UCUUUCGCAAGCCCUGCCAAUCCCGUGAACAAGGAGGUGUUUCCUGGACUUGAAGUCCCCAGCUAGCUACAAUGUGACCGUUUCAAGUAUCCUAAUGCAUUGCAGUGACAGAUCAGACACAUGCAAGCUGCCUAAAUGGAAGGGUCGAACAAUAACAACAACAGCAAUAAACAGAAAGUCCUGCCUAAAGUCAAGGAAUUAUUCAAGAACCAGCGGAAAGAAUCCGAGGGUUCUGUGGAAUCCCCAAGCCUGGAGUUUGAAUAUGGAGACACUGACAGCAUCACUGCAGAGCUUUCAGAACUUUACAGCUACACUGAAGAACCUGAAUUUGCCUUAAACAGAGAUUGUUUUGAAGAAGAUUUCAGGACCCAAGUGAAGGACAAGAGAUGGAUAGAACUGGACAUUCCAGAUCAGAAGGCCUAUGUGAUGAGGCUGCUGGAUGCACUGGAGGUUACUAAUAGAGAUAAAAGGCUGAAGGUGUCGAGGGCCAUUCUCUACCUAGUACAAGGUGUGUUUGGUGAGUGCGAUUGUGAACUGGACGUGCUCUAUUGGUCUCGUCACAACACCUUCCUUCUAUAUGAAAUGGGGACCUUCACUGCCCUCUUAGAGCUGCUCAGCAUGGAAAUAGAUAAUAACCAGGCUUGCAGCAGUGCAGUGAGGAAGCCAGCUAUUUCUCUAGCAGACAGCACAGAGCUCAGAGUCCUCUUAAGCAACAUGUACCUCAUGGUGGAAACCAUUCGCCUGGAGACUGAAGAUGACAAGUCAGAGUGGCGGUCUGUCAGAGAGACCUUCAGAACAGAACUGAGUACCCAGGUGUACAAUGGAGAACCUUUUGCUCUGCUUCUCUUUACAAUGGUUACCAAGUUCUGCAGCAUGAAUGCUCCUCACUUCCCCAUGAAGAAGGUCCUUCUCCUCCUCUGGAAGACAUUGCUGUUUACUCUCGGUGGCUUUGAGGACCUGCAAGACAUGAAGGUAAAGACCCGGGAGGCACUGUGUCUGCCUCCCCUCUCUGAGAACAGUAUCAAGGUAGUGCGGAGCAUGAGGGCAGCCUCCCCCCCGGCCUCCGCCAUGGAGCUCAUGGAGCAGCAGCAGCAGCAACAGAGACGGGGGCGCAGCAGCCGCAAGCCCUUGGUGAAACAGGACAGCCUGGAAACCUAUAAUGAGCGUGACCCAUUCAAGAACGACGAAGCGCGGGACGAUGAGGAGGACAACGACGAUGCGGACAGCGGGAUUGAGGGUGAGGUGGGUCUCCUGGACAGAGACGUCAUCAUCCAGCCCCCUCCCCCUCCCCCUCCCCUCAGACCUCCCUCAGAGAGAGUGUCCUUCCCCAGGGGGCUGCCUUGGGCACCCAAAGUCAGAGAAAAGGAUAUUGAACACUUUUUGGAAACAAGCAGAAACAAAUUCAUCGGCUUCACCCUGGGAAAUGAUAUUGACACCCUGGUGGGGUUGCCAAGACCCAUCCAUGAAAGUGUGAAAACGCUCAAACAGCACAAGUACAUCUCCAUUGCAGAGGUCCAGAUCAAGAAAGAGGAUGAAUUGCAGCAGUGCCCAAUGACCUUGGGAGAAGAAGAGGUAGAAGAGAGCCCAACUGAAAUUCUUUACCAGGGAAUGUUAUCCAACCUGUCUCAGUAUGUGAUUGCCCUGUUGAAACUUCUGCUUGCUGCUGCCCCUACCUCAAAGGCCAAGACGGACUCGAUCAACAUCCUGGCUGAUGUGUUACCUGAAGAAAUGCCCAUCACAGUCCUGCAAAGCAUGAAGCUGGGAAUCGAUGUGAACAGACAUAAGGAAAUUAUUGUCAAGGCCAUAUCUGGGCUCCUCCUGCUGCUGCUAAAGCACUUUAAACUCAACCACAUCUACCAGUUUGAAUAUGUUUCCCAGCACUUGGUGUUUGCCAACUGUAUACCUUUAAUACUGAAGUUUUUCAACCAGAACAUCAUGUCUUACAUCAGUGCUAAAAACAGUGUCUGUGUUCUGGAUUUUCCACAUUGUGUGGUUCAUGAGCUACCUGAGUUAACUGCUGAAAGCCUGGAAGCUGGAGACAACAACCAGUUCUGCUGGCGGAACCUCUUCUCUUGCAUCAACCUGCUGCGGAUUCUAAACAAGCUGACUAAAUGGAAGCAUUCAAGGACAAUGAUGCUGGUGGUUUUUAAAUCCGCUCCAAUCCUGAAACGUUCCCUGAAGGUGAAGCAGGCUAUAAUGCAGCUGUAUGUUUUGAAACUGUUGAAAAUCCAGACCAAAUACCUCGGCCGUCAGUGGAGAAAGAGCAACAUGAAAACCAUGUCCGCCAUCUAUCAGAAAGUACGCCAUCGCCUCAACGAUGACUGGGCCUAUGGAAAUGAUAUUGAUGCCCGUCCCUGGGAUUUCCAAGCUGAGGAGUGUGCGCUGAGAGAGAGUAUUGAAAAGUUCAACAGCCGCAGAUACGACAAGAACCAGAACACAGACUUCACACCGGUGGAUAACUGUUUGCAGAGCGUGCUGGGACAGAGAAUGGAGCUCCCGGAGGACUUCCAUUUCAGCUAUGAAAUGUGGUUGGAGAGGGAGGUUUUCUCACAGCCAAUCCAAUGGGAAGAGCUCCUGCAGACAAAAUAAGCAUGGAGGAUCUUUACUCCAAAGUUCAACAUUUUGUACGUCUUUGUUUUUUGUGAAAACUAUACAUUUUACAAAACUGGUACCCAAAGCAGAUACUGGUUUGGAUAAUUUAAGAACCCCAAAAGAGUGUUUAAAUUGCCUAAAAGUUUUGUAACAUUUUUGGAUUUUACCUGGAUUGAAAUUGUACUCUGGCAUAAAACCUCUGAUAAAUCCGGCCCAUGAUAGUGGCAUGUCUCACUUUAAAUUAGUCUGCCUUGGUGUGCCUUUGACACACAGGAUUUUAUAUGUUCUCUUUUAUAGUAUAGUAAAAAAUAUUACCAUUCUUGUUCCUUGAAACAGGUCUGUUUUGAACUAGUAUAACUGAAACCAUGAGUGUUCAUGUCAUAUUGAGUUACAAAGUCUUUUUCUUACACUUUAAUGAUAACAAUCACUCUGAGUUCUGUGGUUCCCUUGUUGAAUUAAUAAGGGAAUAUUUCUGAGAGCUUUCUCCAGAUAGAAGACAAUCAUUAUUUGUGUUGGUGCAAAAACAGAUGUUGUUUCCACAGUAAAUACCUGACAAAUGAACAACUCGCUGCUUCUCAGGAAGACUGUGAAGAAGAUUUGAAAUAAUUAAUAAGACGCUGAGUGGACUUUAAAAUGGUUUCAUGACACAAAGUCGGACAUGCGCCAGUGCACUUAAAUGGAGUUUAAUGUUGAUCUUAUGUGAUUCAACGAUCAUUUCACUUAACUUCUGGCAGGUAAAAGCUGAUUUGUUGACCACAGAGUCUGAACUCCCUUUAGAUUGUAUGUGAGGUACGCAAAAUGAUCUUUUGUAGUCCUUGGAAGGGACUUACUGGGUUUCAGAGCUGUAACUGGUCUAAUAAAGUGUGGUUACACCGUCUUUCAUUUCAAUUCUCAGUAUCAGUAUGGCAGUUUCUUUAAUUGUAUUUUGUGCCAGUAUCAAAUUGCUUUCUCAAUAGCAAAUAGCAAGGCUAUUUCAUUACAGAAAGAAAGCAUCAGAAAUGAUGAUAGCCGUCACAGUCAGCCUUUGAUAGCUGCAGUAUUUGUAUUGGUGGAGCACUGAGUGACAACAGGGUUUAAUUACCACUAUGAACUUCUGCAUUAAGUUCCUGGGUUCAAUACAUCAGGCUAUUACAUAUCCUCACUGUCUGGGCUCAAAGUGAGAGCCAUGUGCUCCAUUUUAACCACUGCAACCCACACUUUCAUGGCAGUUUCAGUAAAUAAACGUGUUUGUGUGUGUGUGUGUGUGAGUGUGUGUGUGUGUGUGUGUGGACACUUGGGAGAGCUGGUGGCUGUGCCUCUAAACAAGCUGUACUCUUGAGAACAAUCUCUUGAACAUGUAAGAGGCCUUGGUGAGAUUAUAUGAUAACUAUUUAUCCAAGAAAUGAUUCACAAACUGGUGCUCACUUUUUUCCCCAGCUGUUAGCAAAGUAUAUACAUUAUCCUUAUGAAAAGCAACAGCUGUAAAUGUUUAGCUGGUCUUUUCAGAGAAGUAUCAUUCUCUAAGCUAUAUAGUAUUCUAGUUUUACAACAAACCCCUGUAUAUUAUUUUAAAUAUGUGGUGGGUAUCACCAUGUAUGUUUCUUAGUGAAUAAUUUUUAAUUUUAGAAAACUUGUUUGCGACAUAUUGUUUGUGUUUACAGUGCCACAUUUCUUUUCCAAAACAUUCAGGGUGUUUCAAGACAUUUUGCUGUUUACAAUCUCAAAUGUGUUAAUACAAAUGUGUCAUUGUUUGACUUGAUUGAGGUCCUUAUUGUACCUUUUAUAUAAUGUGAUAAUAUACACUGUCGGAAGCGUGUUUUCUUACUGUGUUAAUACAAUGAUGCAACUUGGAAUUACAGUAUCAUAUUUAUAUAACUUUGUAUUUAUCUGUGUUUUUCUUUUUUUUUUGUUUGUUUUAACAGAAAGUUCACCAACAUGUAUAACUUAAUGUCACUGUCGUGUUUUUUCUGAGUUAUGUGCAAUCAAUGGUGUAAAAAAAAAAAUAAUAAUAAUAAUAUAAAUUAAUAAAGUUGCCAAAAAUAACU